AUGUCGCGCUGCAUCGCUACGAUGAUGGGAAACUUCUUCCCUGGCAGUGGAGCUCCUGACGAUGGUGGGAAGGAACACUACAGGGUUAGGCUUCAAUGUGAACAUGGCCUUACCGGAGGACUGGAACCUCCCAUGUGUGACGUCGAGUACCUGGCUGCAUUUAGGACGGUGGUUAUGCCGAUUGCCAACGAGUUUGCCCCAGACGUGGUUCUGGUAUCUUCAGGCUUUGAUGCGGUCGACGGACAUGCUCCACCCCUGGGAGGAUACAAACUGACAGCCAAAUGCUUUGGCUACCUGACCAGGCAGCUGAUGGGUCUGGCAGGCGGUCGGUUGGUUCUUGCCCUGGAGGGGGGUCACGACCUCACAGCCAUAUGUGAUGCGUCCGAAGCCUGCGUCUCUGCUCUGCUUGGCAAUGAGUUGGACCCAAUUCCUGACGAGGUGCUGCAGCAGAGACCAAAUGCCAACGCUGUCCACUCUAUGGAGAACGUUCUUGAAAUACAGAGUAAAUACUGGCGUUCACUGCAGCGCUCCGCCUCCACACUCGGUUGUUCGCUGAGCGAAGCCCUUCGACGUGACGCAGAGGAAGCUGAGACUGUCUCAGCUAUGGCCUCAUUGUCUGUCGCCAACAAGCACAUUGGAAAGAGGGCUGAAGAGGAACCAAUGGAAGAGGACGCUACGAUGUAAAGAAACAUCCCUAGCCUUUGACCACUCAUACCAGUCUUCAUCUUUGAGAGUGUCCUCAUACAGUCGGUGUCAAUUUGUAAGGCCAAUCCUACGUCUCACCCCUGCCACACCAAGAUGGCAUCUUAUUAUGGGAGAAACCUAGCAGAGCUGACAAAAGUGGCACUGAACGGAAACGGAACACUGAAGAUGAGCGAUGCAUUCGCUGAUCAGCAGUGCACAGGCUGAUCAGCACACAUGUGUUGCGUUGUCUCUUCAAGACCUUGGAUAUAAGAGGAUUGACUCAUCCAUCCCACAAUGACAACCUCGAGUGCCAGUGCUUUUAAAACACUAGACAAGAUGUACUUUUUGAAUGGCAGUCGGACCCAUACGCGGACGAUCUGUCGUCUACUUUUCUUAGUGUUCUGUUCUUUCUGUGCUUUAUCGUCAUCUUCACACUUUCAUUGAAAAAAAACCACCAGAGCUAAUGUGAUUGUGACUCUGCACUACGGAUGAAUCAUUCCUGCUUGUUGAAAUCUCUUGCAGUUUUCCAUGGAGGUUGAAGAUUGCAGAAGAGAAAGGUCAGCAGGUGUUCUGAUUCCAAAACGACUGACCAUGAAAGACGUUUGUGCCUUUUUGUUUUUUUUUUCAAACCUGGUGGAUUUUCUGUUAAACUCUACUGGAAGAGCUUUGCCUUAAAAACCAGGUUUGGGAACGAGGCCUCUCUUCUCCCCAAACGCUUAAACAUUUCUAUCCUUGCGAGACAUCCAAUGCCUGCAUGUUGUUGGCACAUAGACCUUGGCAUGUUUACCUAUAAUUCCCCGCAAGCAGCCUACUGUCUCUUCCUGUACCUCUAUCUUUCCUUUUUCACCCACAUUCAAACAACAUCAUUUUAGAAGGUAGUUCUCAGCCACAGAUUGGAGGUGGUUCAGUUUAAAAGGAAGCUACAGGUGGGAUUAGUAUUACUCAGUGGAACCAUGUAUCAGAUACCAGACAAAAGGUCUUGGAGGGCCUCCUCAGGCAAUCUACUAAACUAACUAACUAAACUGCAUCUGCAAUUAGGCUGUGAGGGAACUGUAUUUACUCAAACAAAACAAAAAUGCCAAAAACGUGGUUAGGUGUAGUGAAAGAUCACGGUUUGGCUCAAAAUUAGUAGUUUACGGUAUUUAAAUUACGGAAGUCAAUUUGAAAAAGUCAACUUUUGGUUUGACACGGGACACAAACGCCGGUCUCCUGGGUGAAAGUCCCGUGUUUGUUUGUAUUUUAAUGUUUAAUGUUUCCCUGAUGAUGCAGUUUGGUUUUAUGGGAAUGUCAUAUUUACACUACAACCAGUCUCACAUAUUUUAGAUUAAUGAGGUAUAUCGAGGAAUUAAUCUCAUAUGGGCCAAAUUAUAGAAGCAGCCCUCUCUUUAAGACAACAGUGUCUCUGUGGUAACAAUGACCUAACCGCCCGGGAUUUUCCAGAGGGGUGUUCCAGGCCUGCACGGGCUCUCAUAGCUGCUUUAACAUCUUUAGUCCCUUGUUAAGCACAUCUGCUCCCCAAAUGCCAGGUACUAUGAGGCAGGUGUGUGUACAUCUGUUCACACACAGUGAAGCACAAGCUGCUCUUUAUAAAUAUUGAAGCGUAUACACAUAUAGUUGUUUUUCUUUAUUAAUCAUCCUGUUCUCUUGGCCACUGACCCAGCCGGUGGGAUAGGCCCAUGUAUAAUGAAUAUCCUUGCAACUUUGGAUAGUUUGAAUCAGUUAUAAAUAUCUUAAUAUUUAAGAAGAGAAGUAAAAUAUUUAGUUUAUAUUUGAUAUGUCUUUAUACUCUGAGUUGAAUGAUUUUGGGUUCUACACCGACUCUUACCCCUGCUAUGCUAGCCGGACCGUACAACACACCAGCCUAGUGUAGUUGAAUUUGGUUGUGUAUUUUGACCUUAAUUACACGUCCUUUUUACCUUUAAUGUAUGUUUAUGUACAAGUCUGAUAAAACAGUCCCAGUGUGCAGAAGUGGACUUCCUGUCUGUAACCAUCCCUCCAACUUGGACAACUGCCUUCUCUCAUCUUUGUCUCAUCGACAGGCUAAUCAUAUGUGUCAUGUAUUGUUUUCAGUGCUGUGGUGUUUACUGUUGUUUACUGUACAUAGGACAUCAACCUCCUGAGUAUUCCUGCCACACACAUUUGUCAAGGACUACUUUAUUUGAUUCUCUUUCCUCUCAUCCAUGUCUUGUAUUUUUCUGGUUGUGUUGCCUCUUCAGUGGACUCCAGUGACUUCUUUUUGUACUUUUUUAAAUGUUGUUUUGUUCACUCUCCCCUCUCUGUGUCUCUGUUACAUUGUAAAGCCGACGUGCUUCACAGCAGGUGACGGUCCACAUUCUGGGUUUUUUCUGGGUUUUUGUGGGAGGGUUGGGAUGCAAAUGUUUCUACUUUGUAUAAUGAUGGACAAUUAUGUAUUUAAUGUCUGUUCAUAGUAGAUUUAUAUAUGAAAAGAAAUAAGUAUAUUAUAUAUAUAUCUAUAUAUAUAUAUAUAUAUCUAUACACAAUGAAAUACUAUGAUCUUGUUUUUGAAGUUGGUAUUGAAAAAUGAUAUUUUUCAUGGGCCAUUCUGACAGUAGGCCUUUGUUAGGGUGUUACUGACGGCACCAUUGACUGUCCUUGGUUACAGUUGGUUACGUGUUGAUUAGCGUUUCACUGGUUCUCUUUUUUCUCUUUCAACACUUAUGACUAGUUUUUGGCUUCAUGUAUCCCAUUGGUACCAUAACACUGUUACAGUAGGUGUGCCAUUGCCCUCCGCUCGGCCUCACAUAUGCACAUGUUCCUUCUGCUCCUCCUUUUUUUGUAUGUGUGUACAUACUGUGGUAGAAAAUGUUGACUGCCACCUGUAAAGUUUGAGUAUUUUUAAAGAAAUUUGAGACUAAAAUUCACAUACACAUCUCCAAAAUCACCAAAGUAGUUUCUUCCUCUUUCUUAAAGGUUUCCAAGUUCAUUGUCUAACAACAAGAAAAACGGGAUGGGUGGAUUUGAAUUGGAACAUGGCCAUGGUAUUCCCCUACAUUAAAUCACUCUGAUAGGCCUUACAAAUGAUUUCAUAUGUUCAUCACUUAUUUCCUUAUCUGGCCUAAUGUCCUUACUUUUAAAUCAACUUAACAUUCCUUUAAACUCA